AUGUCAGAGUAUCAGAAAGAAGUAUCGCCUCCCCAAAACAUAUCGGUCAAAUCCGAAACAAACUCUAGUAUAUUCUCUACGAAACCCAUUUCCACAUCAUCACCUGCAGGGUUGGCAGCGGCUCAAAGAGUGACGCCUGCGAAACUUUCUAAAUUAUUAUUGGAAAAGGGACCAUUGGCUAUUAGACACAUUACACAGACUUUAUGCUUGGAUAUCCCCUGCUUUAAAGAUCUAUCAUCUUCCAAGCAAAGACGACUUAUUAUGAGUGCUAUGGAGAGUGGUGAUAAAGAAAACUCGGUAGUCUUUGAAAAAAUUGGGUGGGGUCAAUGGUCUGCGAAAAGAGUAGACCCUGUCAACUUUGAUAAAGAGCUAGAAGCAACCAAUUUUGCCAACGCAAAGGUAAAAGAUUUAAUUUCCCAGGAGAGUCAAAGAAGAAAAAGCAACAAUUCAAACUCAAACUCGGGUGGUAAAGUUGAAAUGCCAGUUAAAAUUGAACAUAACACCGCCAAUAUUGAUGAGGCUGCCACUAUUCCAACUGCUGCUGCUGCUGCCACCAUUCCUGUCAAUAUCAAACGCAGUAAAUCUCCGCUUACAGCAGCAAAUGUUGUAUAUAUAGACGAAAAUGCGCUUGCAUCCGAAGAUGAAGAUGAAGACUUUGAUGAAGAUGAUAAUCAUUUGCACUAUCAAAACAAGUCAAGAAACAGCAGUAAUAAUUUUGGGAAAGUUUCCAAUGGUGACCCCUAUAGUUUCGGUAGGAGAAGGUCACAAGUCGUGUUUGCUGAUUCAACUCCGGAAAAUAUUGAACAUGAAAUAAUAGCACAAAAAAUUAGACCGCUCAUAAGGAAUAGACGCCGUUCAAGUAUAAAACCACAUACGCCCUUCAUUUCUAAAAUAAAUCCACAUCAAGAUUCAUCCUUUUUAUCCCCAAAUCCAACUUCAACGGCGACCCCGUCAAAUAAUAACAGCAAUAUCAACCAAGGAAAAAUAGAUUUAGAAAAACUUAGUGCAACAAGUGAGCCGACUUCAAGAAGAGCUUCUCGCUUAUCUGUAUCGAAAGAAUCAAGUAUUAGGUCGACACUUUUCCCGAACAAAAACUACUUGAUCGUCACCACUAAUCCCAACUCUAAAACUACAUCAGUCUCUACUUCCCCUAAACUAGAGGACCAUAUGAAUACGAACUCAAGUCAUAUAUUACUAUCAGAUAAGGAAAAGUAUAGAAUGGCCUCCCAACAUUUAAACGGGGAAUUGUCUCCAAAACUUUGUCCCCAUUCUCAUCAUCAACCUCACUCAGAUACAGAUGAAGAAGACUGGGAGUCGAUUGGUGCAGCCUCUCUGAGGAAUAACAGUCUGGUACCCAAUAUAGACAGUGUAGCAAGUUCCACUAACGGUGUGGUUAGUCCCAAACCCACGAAUCCAAACUUUACUAACUCUCAAAAUAGAGAUAUUGGAUCGCCCCUACAACAUGACAAACAAAAACAGGAACAGCAGCCCAAAAAUGGUGAAGAUAAUAGUGCUGCCUUUUUAUUAAUGAGUUUAAAAUCGUAA